AUGUCUAAAAUGAGAAGAUACGUUCUCACUUUAAAUAACCCAGACUCCGUUCCAUUGAAUACUUCUGAAAUUCCCAAAGACGUAAGAUAUUUCUGCCAUCAAUUGGAGUCUGGGGAGAAUGGAACCUUGCAUUUGCAAGGUUACAUUGAGUUAUUCAAGCCUCAGCGUCUUAGUUGGUUGAAGAAGUGGCUACCUCGUGGUCAUUUCGAGGUAGCUAGAGGAGAACGCCAUGGCGUUCGUGCAUAUGCUAUGAAGGAAGGAACAAGGGUCGAAGGCCCUUGGGAAUAUGGAGUAUGGAUCGAUUCAGAUUCAGGUAAGCCUGCUCUUCGUGAUUCAAUGAAGAGAGCCAUGAAUGGCGAUACUCUUGAAUCAAUUAUGAUUGAUGAUCCUGAAAGUUAUAGUCGUCAUAAAGGAGCUCUCAAGAAGGCUCGUUCGAUAUAUCAUCAAAAACAGUUUUUCGAUCGAUAUUCAGAGUUAACUCUGAAUUCAUGGCAAGAAUACUUGUUCGCGAAGCUACAAGAGGAGCCUUCUGAUCGUUCUGUCUUUUGGGUUUACGGAAGCAAUGGCGGUGAAGGGAAAAGUACUUUUGCAAAGCAUCUAGCCGUCAGGCAAAGUGUCAUCCUUCCGCUUGGGGUUAAGCUAACCAUUGUAUCUUGA